AUGACUCCCCGGGAGCACAUGAGGAAGAUGUCCAUCCUGGGGGAACAGGGAGCACUGGAGGAAAAGCACCUGUACAGGCUGGCAGGAGGCAUGGCAGCAGGAGAACUGCGGCAGCGGCAGGAGAUGCUAAUGAGGAACCAGCUGAUGGCAGUAAACCCGCAGCUGAUGGGGCCGGGCCAGCAGAGGAUGCAGGCGAUCCCUGCCCAGUUUGAGCCGCGACUGGUGGACAGAGACCUGAUACCUUCCACGGAAAUGAUGGCCUCAGCUGACCCCAGACAAAUCCACAUAGCAUCCCACCUGGGACCCACAGUCCCACAGCACCCCAACAUGCCAAACCUGUUGUCCAACCGUGUCUACCCAGGCCCAGGAUACAGCUUCUUGCAACCAGAAUCCAUGGAAGCUGUGGCCAGAAGACAAGAACUCGUUCAAAAGCAAAAUAUUGCCAGAAUGGAAAUGGAGAUGAAUGCUAUUUUGCAGCAAAAGGAAAUGGAGAAAGCCCAUCGGAAAGGACUCCUGGGCCUGGAAGCCCCCUUCCUUUACCACGGGAUGCCAGCGAGUCCCAUUGCUUUCCGUGGCAGGCACAGACUCCCUGAAGGGCACCUUGCCAACGACCUGUACGUCCAUCGUACCAGCCUGGAUGAAAUCCAUGGCAACACCAUGCUCAUGGCAAGCAGCCCAUACCCACCAGUCACCACACUGCAAAGGGAGAGGGGGCGCCGCCCCGGGAGGAGAGCUGGAAAUCACAAAACUGCCGAGGGCAGCGCCAAUGGCACAAAGAACCAGGCGGAUGAUAAAUCCACAGACUCUGCCUCAGCUGCAGUGGAUGAUGAGAAAGAAGACAAGAAAGAAAUAGAGGUGGAGACAUCAAACAAACAUGAGCAGAGCAAAAACCAGACUGAGCCAUCUGCAGUUGCUAAGAACUGCAAAGAGUUUGAACAAAGCUUGAGAAAAAACUGUGCUACUCAUGAAAUUCCUACUGAAACCACCAGCUGCAGCAACACUAAUGAGAAGGAAGCCAACAGCUCCUGUGCUGCUUUUGAUGACAAGUACCUGUAUCCUUCUGCAAUCCCAUUCUCAGUAUUACCUUAUGGAUUUCCAGUGCCCAACAACCCAUUGCUACCUUCAGGAGCUCAUGGCCUGAUCCUGAAUGGAGAAGACAUUUCCUCCAUCGAAGACAUUCGCAAGUGGACGGUUGAUGAUGUGCACAACUUCAUUGUCAGCCUCCCAGGCUGCUCAGAUUAUGCCCAGAUAUUUAAAGACCAUGCUAUUGAUGGAGAAACCCUUCCACUGCUAACAGAAGAACAUCUCCUGGAUACAAUGGGAUUAAAACUUGGACCAGCAUUAAAAAUCCGCUCUCAGGUGUCCCGACGUCUGGGUAACGUGUUCUACAUGAUGAACGUCCCUCUGUCCGUGCCCCUGCCUCCUGCUCCAGGGAAACCCUCGGAGCAGCCCUCUGACAUGGCCUCCCCUCUGCACUGCAACAGCAGCGGUGACACCCUGGACAGUCCCUGCUCCCAGGACCCAGAAACCUCCCAAGCAGUGGAACAGAUCGUUUCAGAAAGCAGGGAAAAUCCAUGUGACACCGCUGGAGCCCAGGCUGACUUCCAGAUGAUUGCUUUCCAGAAGAGUUGAGCUAAGUCCAGGACAUAGCAUGUUUUUAAUAAUCCAGGAACCUCUAGUUAAAAAGUGUUUGAGAAGAAGCCAUAGCCUGAAACCUCUGUAAGGCUGGGGCUGAAGGAAAUAAGCUUGCCAAUGCAGCAUGAGGAAGUGUUGUAUCUGAAAGGCACUCAGAAAUGCAGCUACAGGUUAGUGCAAUUACUUUCAAGUGCAAUUCAUUGAUAAGAAUACCAGUAGAAUUAACAGGUACAUUGAAUCUUUCAUUGAAGUCCAGGGUUAUCACUGAAAGCUGUCAGAGACUCAGAGUACACUGUGUGUCUUACAGUGUGUUCCAGUGGGCAGAUGAGAAACUACAUGGAAAAGUCACAGUUUCCAAACAUAGCUGACUUCUGCUUCAUUGAAGAAAAUUUAUACAGAACAUUCAUAUGGAAUUCAUUGGGACAGUAUGGAACUGCCUACAGAAUGUAGAGAAACAUACCCCAGACUCAGCAAUUUGACUUAAUUCAUUGCUACUCCAGAAUGAAGCCUUUCUAAGUGCCUGGCAGGGGUAUACAGCUUAUAAAGACACACAUAUUGAACAUGAAAAUACCAUGUGUGACAGCAAUUUUAAUUAUUCCAAGGCAUUCUUAUCACCAGGGCUGGAAUUCGCUUUUCGUGACUGCAAGCUGAGAUGAGUCACCAGCCUCUGCCACCAAGGCCAGUCACUGGGACAGUGACAUUCCCUGCAGGCAGCAGGCUCAAAGCCACCUGGCUCCUGCCAGCCUCUGCCAGAGCACUCUUCCCAUCAACUCACCUGGGCAAGCCAUGGAAAGCUUCUCCCUCAGCAGCACAUUCAGUGUUCUUCACUUUGGAAGAGGCCAUCAAUAUAGCCUGAGAGCUCCCUUUUCUCCAGAAAAAUAUGGUUUCCCCUCACUCCUGCUACUGAUGAGUCAUUACCUCACAGCAAACAAGAACAUGAAAUAGAACUUUAAGCUAAGCACAAAUCCCCAACAUUUAUUGUGAUUCCUGUGUGACUUAUCCUUGUUCCCUUUUUAGGGGUUUGGUCCUACACUGGUUUUCCACAGAGACUUUGGAAGUCAGAACACUUCCACUCUCCUCCCUCAAGAACUCUUCUUCACUCCAAAGAACACACAAAUGUCUUUGACAAAAUCAAGUUCUGUAAAUUGAGGGAGAUCUAUGUUGCUACUUUAGAGUCUCUCCCCUUAGUUUAGUUUGUGUGGCCUAAAGUACUGAAACCCCAAGAGGUAUGAAGCUGUUUAGAUGGUGAGUGGCUAAACACAAGCAGGGGAAGUAUUUCCAUAUUCUAUUAUUUUACUUUAGCCAGAAAUAAAUUGUUUUAUGUCUUUGUUAUAUUUUUGCACUAGAUAAUGUGUGAUUAGAUGUUUGCAACAGCAACCCCAGAUGUCCAUCUUACCAUGCUGUCCAAAUUUUGCAGCCUUUGGGAAAAAGGCAAAUAUCUAAAUUCUUUA